CCCAUUGCGCUCCAUCAGGCAAUCAGAUCGUGUCUCUCUAAACCUGGCUCCUGGCCACGUCGGCUUACUGAUAUCCACGGCUGUUCCAGGCAUGCUGCGGAGAGCGCUCAGCGGUGAUCUUUUGACGAAUCAGCAACCGGCAAAACGCUCUUCCCAAAGACCCACCAGUAGUCUUUUGUUGCGAUUUAGAGCAUAUUCGUAACUGCAAAGAUGGCAUUGACUCUACUCAUUAUUUCAAACAGCUAGGAAUUCGCCGUCAUUAAACCUCACACCGUCACUACCCAAUCCCCAUCUACCACACAUCAAAGACAGCAACAUGGCAAAACGCAUCCUCCUCAUCAACGGCGUCAACCUCAACCUCCUCGGCACCCGCGAACCCGAGCUCUACGGCUCCACGACCCUCCCCAUGGUCGUCGAUGCCGCGCAGAAACAAUGCGACGCCGCCUCCGUCCACCUCGAGACCAUGCAGUCGAACCACGAGGGCGUUAUUGUCGACCGGUUACACGAUGCGCGGGGGAACAUUGACGCGAUUGUGAUCAAUCCUGGAGCUUUCACGCACACGAGUGUAGCAUUAAGGGAUGCGCUGCUAGGAGUCGAGAUACCGUUUAUUGAGGUGCACAUCACGAAUAUACACAAGAGGGAGGCGUUCAGGCAUCAUAGCUAUCUGAGCGAUAAGGCGGAGGCGGUGAUUUGUGGGCUGGGGACAUUUGGGUAUACGGCUGCGAUUGAGUUUGCUAUUAAGAAUAUCAAGCCGAAGACGAAAGCGUGAGGUUGACUUGGUCAGUGGUUGUUGAGGGGUGAGGUAUUGGGUUCAUAGACAAAUGACAUCAAAAGCAUGGACGAGGUUUCAGAGGCUCAACAGUUGGUGCAAAUACUACGAGAAACUCCCGUGGGAGUUGCUUUCGUUGAAUAAAUGCAGUCCUACUCAACUGCCGGCCACCACUCCUCAUCAUCCUGGGCAGCCAUUCUAUACGGUUUUCGAAUAGG